CGUGCGUGUGGAGCACCUGGAAUUCGGUCAGCCGGUAGCGGGUCGCCGCUCUCAGCUGCGCAGAAAAUACACCGCUAUGGGCGGACAGCGGAGCGGAGUCAAAUAAUGUCUUUUCUCCUCUAAAUCCGACGAAACAGGGGUCUUCUCCUAGACACGGAAACUGUCGUCUCAAGAAAGGAAAGACGGGGCGAACUCGCCUGACAUCAUUUACCCGGAUUUAAAAGGGAUUCCUUGAAUCUACCCCCUCUUAUUUCGGAUGCUAUUACAUUAUUCUAGAACGGCCGCUCCAAACCCACCAACAUGCACAAUGUAUGUAUUCUCCAGGCCCGAGCUGGAGAGAUAAGAAUAGAAUGACUCCUUGAAUUUCCAUCUCGUUUUUCUUUUUCUUUUUUUUUUUUUACGCCCCAAGCUACCUCCUCUUUGUAUCGCUCGCUCCCCUCCCUCUCCCCCCACCGGAGGCCACUGCACGGAUUCUGCUAUGGUGGAUUCGACUGCGAUGAGGAAGGCUUUCACGGUUCCGGAGAUAAAGCCUUUGGACCAGUACGAUUUCAACAGAGCCAAAAUAUGCGCUAGUUUAGGGUGGCUUUUGGCUAAAGCAUACGGCACUGCAGAGAAUGUUCCGCUGGAUCUGCGGGAGCCCUUCUAUCGGGACCAGUAUGAGCAGGAGCACAUCAAGCCCCCCGUCACGCGGCUACUGCUGUCCUCUGAGCUGUACUGCCGUGCCUACGGCCAGCUGCUGGGGGCCCGGGGCCACGCCCCGUCCGAAGGGCCCCCCAGAGACGGCCCCAGCCUCCUGCGCCUGCUCGCCAAGAGGGCCGCGCCCCCGAAGGAUCGGGACGUCCCGGUGACCGAUGCAGACCUCCGGCACACACCCAUACGGAUGAGCGCCCACCUGGCAGUGAUGGAUGCGCUGAUGUCGGCGGUCGCCAUGGAGACGGUCAGCGCGGUGAAGAUGCCGAGCGGGGUCGGCUGGGAGAACGUCGUGCUGUACUGGAUCAACAGGUUGAAUCAGAAGCUGAAAGAGAGCACAGAAGGAGAUCCUCCCCAGAUAUCUCCACCCAGCACAGACCUUCAGCCUGUCCAGCCCUCUUGCCCCACCCGCUGGUACUGGAAACUGGUUCCUCAUGCCAUCGCUUUUUGUUUGAAGGAGUCGGGGAAUAAGCCGCCUGUGAUCCGCUACAGGAAGGACAAGCUGCUGCCCAAACAGACGCCCACGUUCCCACUGGUCACCGGGGUGAAGGACCUGUCCAAUGGCUGCGCAGUUGCCGCAGUGAUCCACUUCUACUGCCCGGACCUGCUACGGCUGGAGGAUGUUUGCCUGAAGGACACCAUGUCGGUAGCGGACAGCCUGUACAAUCUACAGCUGAUCCGAGAUUUCUGUGAGAGCUGCCUGAAGAUCUGCUGCCCCCUGCUGUUGGAGGACCUACUCUAUACCCCGCCAGGCCUGAGGGUGAACAUCCUGAGCUUCAUGGCGGAGCUGCUGGAGUGGUUUGAGGUGCGCAGGCCUGAAUUUGUCCGACCGCGAGAGACACUGGACCUGGCAGACAUCUCAGUUCUGCCCGACUGUGCAACUCCCACCAGUGGCAACAGCAACAGUGCCUCUCCCGCUUUCAUCUUCAAGCAGCCCUUUCUGCCUAUUUCCUCACCAGCAUCACCAGGGGGCAAAGGGUUUUUGACUCGGUCUACUUCACUGUCUCCUGUAGAGGGCGUGGGGAGAGCGUGGAGCAGGAAACAGAUCAGUCGUCCUCUCUCGGCCGUGUCCUUCAGUAUUCCCUUUGGUCUGGACAGUGACGUGGACGUGGUGAUGGGCAACCCGGUGGGGGCCAUCACCCGCUCCGUCAGCUCCGACAGCCUGAACCCCGCCCACCCCGCCAUGACCCGGGCCCCCUACACCCCGCCCGAGGACCUCAGCCACCUGCUCAGCAAGGCCCCCGAGGGGCCCGGCCCGCAGAACGGGCCCCUGCUCCUCCGGGCUUCCCGCGGCGCGCAGACGCGAGGCGGGGCGGAGAACGGGGUGGGCGUAGCCAUAGGGGAGGGUGCGGACCUGCCCACCAUCGAGGAGGCGCUGCAGAUCAUCCACAGCGAGGGCAAGCUGGAGCCCCGCCUCCUGCCCGAGGGCGCACCGGAUGGCUUCUUCCUGCACGACGACCCCGCCCUGGCCCGCCUCAGCAGCUCCGCCCCCUCCCGCUCCGGCAUGCUGUACCGGCCUUCGGGGGCGGAGGGAAGCGCGGACGGGGGGGCGGAGCCGGGGAGAUCCUGCCGCCCACGCCGCACCUCCAGCGGUUCCCGCGACGACGACUCGGUCCUGCGGGACGGCAGCGUGGACUCGGACGCCUCGGAGGAACCCCCGAAGGUGCGGUCCACCCCGGCCACGCCUGCCAAUGGGCGCGGCCAGCCCGCCGGGAACGGCGCGGACACCAACGGCGGGGUGAGGAUGACCAGCUUCGCCGAGCGAAAGAAGAAGAUGGCUCCGGCGGACGCGGCGUCGCCGGGGGGGGACGGCGGCCCCCAGAUGACCACCUGGGCCCAGCGGUCGGAGGAGAGCCCCAGCAAGAGCCCCGCCCUCAGCACGGAGAUGUCGGAGCUGGGGGCGCGUCUGGAGGAGAAGCGGAGGGCCAUCGAGGCGCAGAAGAAGCGCAUCGAGGCCAUCUUCGCCAAGCACCGGCAGCGGCUGGGCAAGAGCGCCCUCCUGCAGCUGAAGAAGGAACAGCAGGGCGAGGCCGGGCUGGAGGGGGAGGGAGACGAGGCGCUCGCUGGCCUCAGCCUGGAGGAGCGGCUCCAGCGCAUGGAGAGGGAGGCGGAGGAGGAAGCAGAGGGAGAUCCAGUGCUUCCCCCGGUGGAGCAGCCAGGGAACUGCAAGCCCCCGCCGCGGCUGGACAAGCAGGUGACCUUCUCCAUGGAGACGCGGGCGGGGGAGGGGAAGCCGGUGUGCCUGGACGAGAAGGGGGCGGAGCCCGAAGAGAAAGGGGCGGGGCCGGUGCCGCUGGGGGAGUACAGCAUGGCGGUGUCGCGGCUGAACGCUGCGCUCAACUCGCUGCAGAGCGACAUGCAGCGGCUGUCCCAGCAGCAGAGGCUCCUGAUGAGGCGCAAGACGGCCCCCGCCACCCAGGCCUGGGUCAUCCCCGUGGCGCCCAAAAAAAGCGCCGCCGCAGUGGCCAGCUCCGCCCCUCUGCCGCGCCUCUCCCGCGAGUCCACCCGCGACCUGGCCUCCGCCUCCUCGUCCCCGUCCCCCUCCCGCAAAGCGCACGCCACGCCCCCCAAAUCCCCCCAGACGUCCCAGCCCCGCCGGGCGCAGUCCGUCCCCCCGAAGAGCCCCAAGCACCACGCCCGCCCCCUGGACCUCAAGUUCCCGCCGCUGGCCCGCAUGCUCACCACGACCCACACUGUGGACACCCUCCCCCACCUGCGGCGGGUCUCCCCCAGCCAGUGCCAGGUGCAGACCUCCUCCUCCUUUAGAAUAGGGGGCCCCCAGAGCCCCCAGGGCCAGCCCCAGCCCAGGGGGGCUCUUCCCCUCCCCCGGCCGGCCGAGGACAGCUCCUCCGAAACGGGGUCCAGCGAGGACCCCGCCAUCUUCUGCCUGGAGCUGGAUUCCGGGGGGCCCCCUGUGCCACGGGCCCCGGCCAGGCGGGACCCCGGGGGUGGCAGCAGCUCGGGGGCCCCCUCAGAGUGCUCGUUCGAGAGCGACUGCUACGGCGGGAAGCGCGGCAGCCUGAUGGAGAUCUCGCUCUCCUCCCUGCGGGGCGGGGCGGCAGGCGAGGGGGAGGGGCCCAGCUACGGGGACGACGAGGGGCCCGAGAACUUCUCCGACUCCAUGAGCGACCAAACGGACCCCGAGAUGCGGGGCGGAUUCGGCUUCUUCUUCAGGGUGAGGGGCCACGCCCACUUCCGUCCUCAGCAGCCACACCCGCUGCUACUCCCUACUGCUCAACCCCACUUUUGUCUCCCAAAUACUGUAUUUCUUUUUCUGCAGUCCCAGGGGGUGGGAGUGGGAAUCGGUCAUGCGGAGGAUGAGAUGGCCCGCGUAGAGCGGCCCGCCUCCUCCUCAGAGGAGCCGCUGGUGCGGUGGGUGGGGGACGGGGCGGGGGGCGCGCCUCGGCGGCUGGGGGACGGGGCGGGGACCCCGGGCACGCCGCAGCGGCGGGACGAGUUCACGCGGCAGGAGUACGAGCGGCGGCAGCAGCUGAAGCUGAUGGAGGAGCUGGACAAGGUUCUGCGGCAGAAGCCCAGCGCCGCGCGCACCGUCAGGAAGCAGCGGCCCAAAACCGUCUUCCACGACGACUCGGCCCUGUCCCGCAGCCCCGCCAAGGGCUUCAUGGGCUCGAAGCUCAGUAAAGUUUACUCCCACUCAUCUCUCAACCUGUCCAGCAUGGCCAACGACACCAGCAGCAACAAGCAAUCACCCAGCCGAUCUCAGUCACCCUCGAGGCUGAUGUCACCCAGCCGAUUGGCCAAUCAGAAUGGAGAGAAAGACUGGGAGAACGCCUCCACCGCCUCCUCCCCUGCGUCCAUUCCAGAGUACACAGGGCCAAAACUCUUCAAGGAGCCAAGCUUUAAAUCCAACAAGUUCAUCAUCCACAACGCCCUGUCCCGCUGCUGCCUGGCCGGGAAGGUCAACGAACAGCAGAGGAGUAAGAUUGUGGAGGAGAUGGAGAAGUGCACGGCCAACCACUUCCUGAUCCUGUUCCGUGACUCCAGCUGCCAGUUCCGGGCGGUGUACACCAUGAACCCGGAGACGGGGGAGAUGAUGCGGCUGACGGGCAUCGGGCCGCGCGUGAUCAGCGCCGCCCUGGUGGAGUCCAUCUACAAGUACAGCUCCGACCGCAAGCAGUUCACCGCCAUCCCGUCUAAGACCAUGUCCAUGAGCGUCGACGCCUUCACCAUCCCCGGGCACCUGUGGCAGAGCAAGCGCCCCGGGACCCCCAAAAAGCCCAGCACCCCAAAAUAAGACUCUGGGCCGCACCCCUACAUACAAUGGACUGUGGACAAUGGACCUUGCUCACCCCUCUCCCCCCUUCUCGCUCUUUUUCCCCUCCCUGUCUCUUCUCAGUGGGGGCUGGAGAAAUAGAGCGGUCUCCAUUAUGAAGACUAUGGAAGAUUCCUGGGGCAGCCACCAGGGGCGCCACAGGCGCUAAUGGGGGAGCAGCGAUUUCUUCUUUCUCUUCCUCUUUCUCUCUCUCUCUCUCUCCCUCCCUUCUCUCCAGAUGCUGAGGGGACACUUGUUCUCUGGUCCAUGUACUGGUCAACUUCCUGUCUGCCCCCCCCCCCACCCACACCACACCCCCAAAGUGAAAAAGAAAUGAACAAAAGAAAGGCAAAAUAAAACUCAGUCUUCUGCCAAA